CCGGUGUGCGUUGCCUAGGCAACGGGACUAAACAGGACGCCAGCCUAACGGCCCGGGACACGGCGGCCGCUCCCCCUCCGGAUCCCCAGCAAGGUAUCAGGGCUCCCAGCCUUCCCGGCCUCGCUCACCUCGGGCCUCUGAUCAGAUCCAAGGGAGAUCGAGCCUCGCCUCCAGCCCCCGCCGCCCCGUCUGCCUCUCCCGCCCACGUCUCUGUUGCAGUACGGUGCGCGGUGAAAAACUGAGAGGCAAUGGAAGAGGUCGAUGAGCAGGAACCAGCGGACUGGGAACAAUUGGAGAGCAAACAGAGCCGUGAAGGAGAGUCCAGUCUUCAGAAUGUGUCGGAAAACGGAGGGAGAGAAGCAGAACCUAAAGUAGUUCCAGAACAACCCAAGCCCUCACCUGAUUCUGAACUGCUCAGUGAAAAGCCCGUGAAGAAAAUAUCUGAGACCUUCUUUUACAAUUAUGACCAGCUGCGCUCGGUGCCCUCUGUGACUCCGCACUCUGGCAUUCCACGUGACCUCCUCAAGCUGAUACAUUCCUUCGGCUACGAGAGCAGCAAGCGGGAAAACCUGCAGCUGCUGGACCCCGAGACAUUCCUGUACGUCGCCGGAAACCAGCUGGUCAUCCUGAACCUGAAAACCAAGGAGCAGAAAUACCUCCGCAGCACCGGCGGGGGAGGGAUCGGCAGCAUUGCGGUGCACCCAGCCAAAACCCACUUUGCUGUGGCGGAAAAGGGCAGAAAGCCCAGUAUUGUGAUCUACGAGUUCCCAUCCCUGCGGCCUUUCCGGAUCUUGCGCGAUGGCACCGAGGAAGCCUACGCAUGCACCGACUUCAACAACAGCGGCUCACUCCUGGCCAGUGUUGGCUCCAGCCCUGACUACACACUCACUGUCUGGAACUGGACCCAGGAGCAGCCAGUACUGAGGACCAAGGGCUUUUCCCAAGAGAUCUUCAAGGUCACCUUCAACCCUGAAAACGGAGAGCAGCUGACCACAUCUGGAUCAGGGCACAUCAAGUUCUGGGAGAUGGCUCUGACGUUCACUGGCCUUAAACUCCAGGGGUCACUGGGCCGAUUUGGCAAAACAGCAGUGACCGACAUAGCGGGGUACAUUGAACUGCCUGAUGGGAAGGUCCUAUCUGGUUCUGAAUGGGGCAACAUGCUGCUGUGGGAGGGCGGCCUCAUCAAAGUGGAGUUCUGCCGGAGUGGACGGAAGCCCUGCCACACCAGCCCCGUGAACCAGAUCGUGAUGGACGAUGGCGAGGUGGUCACUGUUGGAGCCGAUGGCUACAUCAGGAUAUGGGAUUUUGAGACCAUCGACACGGCCGAUAUAGCAGAUGACUCUGGCCUGCUAGAGAUAGAGCCCAUCAAUGAGCUCCUGGUGGCCAAGAAUGUCAACCUGUCCUCCAUGGUAAAAAUCGAUGAUUCCAGCAACUCCAUUUGGUAUGCGCAGGAUGUCCAAGGUGCCAUAUGGAAACUUGACCUUAGUUUUUCCAACAUUACCCAGGACCCAGAGUGCCUGUUUUCCUUCCACUCUGGCCCAAUUGAAGGCCUGGCUGUCUCUCCACUCACCUACCUCAUGGCCACCACUUCCCGGGACUGUUCUGUGAGAAUCUUUGACUUUGCCAGCAGGUGCCUUUUGACCCAGAUGAGAUUCAGACAGGGAGGCACAUCCGUGAUCUGGGCACCGCGUGUGGUGAAUCCCAAGGGAGGGAUCAUCGUGGUGGGGUUUGAGGACGGGGUUGUCCGCAUCAUGGAGCUGUUUGACCCAAAGGGGCUCGCUGUCUUUGCGGGGCGGGGCAAAGUUGGGGAAGCAGAAAUGCGACUGAUGCAGGCCUUCAAGCCCCACACCGCUCCAGUCACGGCUCUGGCCUACCAGAGGAACGGAGAGAUCCUUGCCACUGGGAGUAAAGACCAAACCAUCUUCUUCUUUGUCGUGGAGGAGAGAUACGAACCAAUUGGGUACAUUGGUGUUCCUGGACCAGUUCAGCAGUUACAGUGGACUCCACCAUCCCAUGGAGACAGCAAGCUGAUGGUUCUCUGUGAGAAUGGCUACGUGCUGCAGGUAGCUGCGCCAGCCCUCCAGGAAGGGAAUAACUUGUCCAGCUAUGAGAUCAAAGGCUUGCCUUCCCAAUGCUUCCACUUUCUGAGCAUCAAAUCUAGAAUCCUGAGGGACGAGGAGAUCGAACGUAGAGAGAAGCGGAGGCAGGAGAAAGAAAAGGAGAAGGAAGCAAGGAGAAAGCUUCAGGAAGAGCAGAUGGAGGACCUGGGUGGGGAGAUGGCAGAGAAGGGGGAGGCGAAGGAAGAGGAGGAGGAGAAGGAGGAGCCACUGCCUGAAAUCUACAUCCCCAAAGAGCCCAGUCCGAUGUUGUGUGGAUUUUACUCUUCUCCAGGGAGGUUUUGGCUGUCUCUGGGGGGCUAUGAUUCCGGCUUCCUCUACCACUGUGAAUUCCCUCCACUGGAUGCCACCCCUCAGCAGCACGAGCCUUUCUCCUUCCUGCCUGUCGAGAACACUGAUGACAAUCCAAUCCGGGUUAUCUCAUUCAGCACGAGUGGCCUGCUGAUGUUCUGCGGGAUGGAGGACGGGGCCGUGCGGAUCUUCCCCCUGCAGGACAAGAGCGCCACACUUAGCUCGCUCGGUGCCUCCUGGACCCUGACCGUUCACGACAACGACCAUGGCCAGGUCCAGAAUGUCUUCCCAAGCUACGACGACCGCUUCUUGGUGACCGGUGGGGCAGACAGCAAUAUCUUUGUCUUCACUGUCCUGUCUGAUGUCGAUAUCGAGAAAGAGAUGAGAGCCAAAGUGCCAUCGCCCAGGAAAGGUCUUGAAGGUGAGAAAGUAGCGGAAGACAUCGAAGACCCUGAUGCCUACAGCAUCGAGGGAGCCAGGCGCAAGAAGGAGCAUGACCAGUUGAUGAAGGAGGUGGAAGAAAUCAAGGCCAGGAAGAGGGAAGAGCUGAAGACACUGCAGGUGGAGUUCCAGGAGCUGCUGAAGCAGAAUGCGACAUUGCCAGAACACAUGCAGCUCCACCGGGCGGAGUUUGAGCUGGACUCCAGGAUCCGCGAAGAGAUUGACCGGCAGACCGCUGAGAAUGUUCGGUUGGUGGAGAAGGAGUUGGCCUGGGAACAAGAAAAGCACCAGAUUGGGCUGAAGAAGCUACAGCAAAGGUUCCGGGAUGGGCUGGAAUUUGACACCGUCAUCGUCCACGCCAUCCUGAGCAGCCACAAAAUCUCCACAUACAAACUCCUGAGGCCCUCGGGCCAGUACUACCCACCCAAGCGGACCCGCAUCUCCGAAAGGAGGCAGAGCAAGUGUGAAUGGAAAGAAAAAGAAGGAUCAGGGCGGCGAGACAGCCAGAAGGAUUCAGGCCUGGUCAUUGUCCUGAAUGAAGGUGUGGACGGGGACAGGGCACGGAAGCCACUGCGACCGAAGACAUUUGGGGGAGUCCUCGUGGAGAACCAGAUUGAGAAAAUGAAGAAAAUUAUUGCCAAAGCCGAAAAGGCCAAAUUGAAGAUAUCCCAGCGCAAGAAAGAGUGGGAAGAAUUGUACCGGAGCCAGCCGGGAGAUGACUACGAGGACCCCGAGGAUGUGCAGGCCAUCAAGGAAGCCCAGUUGAACAUGGGCGACUUCAACUUGAAGACGGCCCCAGACUUCAAGGUCGCCGAGCACAUGCGCAUCAAUGCUGCCAGGAAAGAGGAGGAACUGGUCACCUUGGAGGCAAUGGCUCACGAGAAGAAGAUGAACAUGAACAAAUGCAUCCUUUCGCUGCGAGACCUGAAGGUGGCCGUCGUUGAGGAGAUCCAGGGCCUGGUGCAAGAGCUGAAGACCAUCCAGGCGGCCCUGCCCACACCCAAGCGUCUUCCCAUGCCCCUGAUCCCUGAGCUGCACUCAGAGGAGGUGCCCGAGCGGAAAUUCCAGUACAACCAGCAGACGCUUCUGGACUUCAAGGUGAAGCAGGAGGCCCGGGAUGCCCAGGAGGCCAUCCCGGAGGUGUCGGACAACACAUUUGGCACCUUUGGAGCGGGCUUCUUUUCACUUCCUCCCAGGAGGGAAUCGGACAUGCCCAAGCGAGACUUUAUCAUUCGGGGGGCCCGGGGGUCUCGGGGAUCCAGGGGGUUGCCUGAGGUCAUCAAGGUCCAGGUUCAGGAGUUCGAGAAAGUGGAGCAGACUGAAGUGGAACAGGAAAUUUUGAAGAGGGAGGAGAUCCGGAACCUAUACCUGCAGGAACACUUGAACAGAAGGGUAAGGAUGAAGAUCAGAGAGCUGUCAGUCACCUUUGAUGCCGAGCUCCGCCUCCUGCGGCACCAGAAGCUCAAGAUGGACACUCAGAUGAAGCUCACUGACCUGAACCAUGUCGUGCUGUUCCAGGAGCUGCUGCUCCUCAAGAAUUUUGAGAAGCAGGAGAACACGCUCCAGGAGCGCGUCAACUCACUGGGCAGGGAGGAGCAGGACAUGAAGUGGAAACUGGAGGAUUUUCUCAGUGAGAUGGAAGACAAAAAGCUGGAAAUGACCAGGCUGCAGGACCAAGAGAAGGCGCUCUAUGCCAGCUUCCAGGCAUCCCUCGGAGAAAACAACAGUUUUGCCAGUUUCCUCACCAAAGUCCUGAAGAAGAAGAUUAAACGAGUGAAGAAAAAGGAGACGGAAGGAGAUGCCGGCGAUGAGGGAGAAAGCGAGGAGGAGAGCGACCAGGACUCCAGCUUGGAGAGCAGCGAGGAUGAGUCGGGCUCCGAGGACGAAGUGUUCGAUGACAGCGUCUGUCCGCAGAACUGCGAUGUGGCCCUCUUUGAAAUGGCUCUUCAGUUUCGAGAAAAACGACUGGACAUCGAGGAGGCCUUAGCGGAAGAGAAGAAACUUCUGGACAAUCUCAAAAAAGAGUACGACAUGCUGGCCAAGAAGGUGAAGGUGGUGGGCAACAGCCUGGCUGUGGCCGAGGAAGACUUGGAGGCCUAUCAGCUGGAGAAGCAGCAGAGACUGAACGAGCUGCCUGUAGUCAUCCCGCUGAAGCUACACCAGAUCGAAUGUGUGGUCAAUGGUGAGGUGCCCAGUGACCUAUCCAAUGCACUGGUUUUUUCCAACCUCUCCCUGGAGCGCCUGCAAGACAGAAUCACCCAGCUCCACCAAGAGAACCUGGAGCAGCGCAACCGCAACCAGCAGUCUCGGGCUCGGCGCAAGCAGCUUGUCAGAGAGAAGAAGGAGAUGGCCAAAAAGAUAGCCAAAAUGGAGGAAAUGGUUCAUGAAUUCAUGGUGACCAAGUUUGGUCGUGAGGUCGAUCUGGAGGCCUUGCAAACCCUGUCUGUUAACACGACCCUGGAAGAACUGAAGAUCAAAAAAAUGGAGAAGGAGCUGGAGAACGCCAAGGAGCUGAGAGAGUGGGAGGGAAAGAUUGCUCAGGUCAGGCUGGAGCUAAUGAUGAAGACCAAGGAGCACACACAGAAGCUGCAUCGCAUGAAUGCGCUGUGUUUGGAGAAGCAGCAGCUGCAAGACCGGCUGGACACGCUGCAGGGGGAGCAGGGCAACACUUUUCAGAGCUUCCCCAGAGCUGACCUGGAGGGAAGGGAGGGAGCCACCCAGCUGAUCCAGGAGCAGGCUAAGAAGAUUCUCGCUCUCAGGAAGGAGAUCGCUCUCCUGCGCCGCAAAGAUGGCUUUUUCCUGCCCCCAAUCCAGCCUCUACAAUAGUCUGAAGAAUGGCCACCGCACAGCUCCCCCACCUCCCCCAUCUCCUGCCCCCUAUCCCCUGCCCCAUCCUCUGAUAUCCCCUCCAGCCCAGCCAUCCCCUGACCAACGCCGGGUGGGAGGGAGAGGCAGGCUGGUGCCAGGUGAAUACUGUGAUGACAGGGAUCAGUGUGCCUGAGAGGCCCUAGGGCAAUGUCCUGGGCUGGGCGUUGGGGUGGGCUCUUUUGCCUUCCUUUCCCAACUACUCGGGAACACUGCAGGAGGAAGUUGGUUCAGAUUCAGUGGAUUCCUGCUGGCUCCACCAAGUGCCCUCAUCUUCCAGAACACUAGCAGGUAGAGGCUGAGUGGGUCAGGGGCUGGGGGUCUUGGCCAAGGGUCACCUCUGUGCUGGAGCUUGGGUUAUGCUAAUAAAGUCAUUAAAGGCUG